CGCGGGUCGUGCCUUCCUGAUUCACUCCCCGUUUGUCGACACCACCUCGCACCUUCCACCUUUGUGUGAAUUCGUCGCCAAGACGACGUCACCUCCUCAUCUCCCUUCUGCUGCCUUCCACACCCUCCUUGCUGGUGUUUUCCUUAAUCCAACACAAACAUCAUCGCCGCUCGGAUGUUGCAAAGCAAGCAGCAUCGUUAAGCUUGCUCUUUCGCCCAUCCAUCAUCGCUCAGAUCCCUCCUACACCAUUACCAAACCCUCAUUCGACAAUCAACGCUCCACUCGCUUUGGACCAGAAGGUCUCCACGCCAGAGAUGGCGCCAGACUCACCGCCCGACCCCGUCAUAGUGAGCAGCGACCGCCUGGCUGACCUGGAGCCUUACUGCACUCACAUCUACCACCAAGAGCCCGACCGCUGGUCCUCCAUCUUCCCCUGGGAGUUCCCUCACGAUUCCAACCGCGAAGAGGAAGAAGCCUUUCUCCGCGAAUGGUUCGACGAGCGCGAGAUUCGCAUGCAAGGCGGCGCACACGGUCAAGGCAAUGGCUUCCGCUUUUUGAAGUCCGUCUGGUGGUGGAUUGCGCUGUGGAACUUGAACACUCGCAUCCCUCAGUUCACGCACUGGUGGUUGGCGAAGCCAAGUAGCGUCGAACUGCUCAACGACCAGAGCAUGCACCCUUACCUGCUUAGGAGUGAUGUAGAGGUGUCGACGUUCUUCCUCGAUGAUGAGCGGAAGACGUAUGGAGACAAGUUCUUGGGAUGGGUCAUUCCGUACCUGCAGAUGACGAUCAAGGAGAUGAUUGAGAAGCAACGCACCGAGGGCAAGCCGGCACUCACUCUCGACACUACUGUUGGCGAAGGCCUUGCCGUCGACAAACCCGUCGCUCACUCAGAGCCUGAUUCUGCUCAACCUGCCGAUACCACUCCGAAGAUCACCCAAUCCGCUGUCUGCCCACCAACACAACUCAAAGAGGCGGCAGAGGCUUCAGCAGCGGUGCCGCAGACCGCACCACUUCCUCCUCGUCCGAUCGAAUUGCCUCAAGCCGCAUACGGCCAUCAACCGGUGUCGCCUCAGUCGUCUUUCCAGGAUCAUUCAUCGAUGCAGCCCACUUUCCAAGAUCAGUCAUCGGUGCAGUCCGCAUUCCAACAGCCAUCGAUGCAGUCCGCGUUCCAACAGCCUUCGAUGCAGCCUACGUUUCACCAGGUUUCGACGCAAUCCACGUUCCAGCAGCCAUCGAUGCAGUCCACUUUCCAGGAGCAGCCAUCGAUGCAGUCCACUUCCCAGGAGCAGCCAUCAAUGCAAUCCAAUUUCCACGAGCAGCCACUCGGGCGUAAAUACAGUGGCAGCAAGCGCUACAACAAGAACAGCGGCCAGCAUUCCAAUCGCCGGUCCUCCUUCAAAGAGCGUAAUGCGCCCGUGUAUGCCUCGCCACCGUUCUACUCACAAGGUCCGAUGCCGAUGAACAACGCGAAUCGAGGAUCGUCUACCGGCUCCAUGAGCUUCCCGCAACCCAUGCUUCAAGGCCAUUCAUUCCCGCAUCAGGAUCAGUACAUGGCUCCCCAACAUGCGCAGUCUUUUGGACCGAUGCACCAGCAGAUGAACCAGCCAAUGCGAUACAUGCAGGGAUACCAGAACAUGCCAUCCACCGAUCCCUUCGCAGAUCGAACCAACUUCCAAGAGCACAAUCGCGCAUUCAGUGGCGAGCGAUCGAUGCCAUUCUAUCAAGACUCUCAUGGAUCCCACGGAGAUCAUCGUCAAAACAGCUAUGGCUCCCGCGGCGGUGCUGUUGGGAGAGCUAGAGGCAACACUCCCGGCCGCGGCCGAGGCAGAGGACGCAACAGCUUCUCAUCCAACGACCAGCACUAUCCCAAGAUGAACAUGGAGGCCUCUCACCAUAACAUGCCUUUCACUGAGCCCGACGGUCAUGUCUUUGCUCCCAGGUAUCGCCGUGAAAGCGUCAUUCAGGAGGAGAAGAACUGGCGGAGCGGCAGUGACGAUCCGCAAGGCCGAUAUACUGACGCUCCGGCGGACGAGAAUGUCGCACGCCGUCAGUCAUCUUAUGGAGAGAUGGUGUCUCCAUCGAGCUACCAAUCUCGUCCAACUCCAGUGUACGCCACCAAGCCGCCGCAGGAUGCGGAUAUCGAGAGAGUCGCGAUCUCUGAUCCUCCUUGCGCUCAUCAUACUGCUCGGACACCAUCGCUGCGUGCUCCACCAAUGCCCAACCUGCCAGACCCGGGGCAGAUGACGCGCGAAGAAUGUUGUGGUCAAGACUGGAUCGGCAGUGAUUGUGUGUACGCCGACACGCUUGUGCUGUUCAACGUUCCGAUGUCCAUGGAAGACGACCACAUCGCGGCCUUUAUGAGUCAGUUUGGCGAAGUGUAUCCCGUCAGAAGGAAUGUUGCAAAGACUCAUCAAAUGGUCUUUGCGAAUUUCAAAUCGGCUGCUGGAGCUCGCAACUGUAUUCUGAACAGACCUGAUCACUGGCCCGACGGAAGCCCUUUCAGAGUACAGGUUUCCAAGCACUUUUGGGAUCCCACCCAUUCGAAAUACAUCUUCCGGGGACGGAAUGCUGGCGGGGCAGGAACCCCGUUUGAGGCACAAAAGAAUCCCAAUGCUCCCAGCCACUCCAUACUGGCCAGGCCUGAAGCAGACACGCCCAGUAACCAAGGAAAGGGAAACGAGCAGCCAGCGGUUGAGAUCCAGCAUUCCGGACAGACGACACCGACUCUUUCGACGGCAAGCACGCCAAAGAAAACUAAGAAGAAGCCAAAGUCUUCUAAGACUAAGAAUCAUCGUCAGAAGGAUGAAGAGGAUCUACGCAAGGCCUCUCAGUCUUUGAAGCUAGAGCAGCAACUCCGGGCAGAGAGUGGUGAUGCUCAGGGUGAUAAGGCUUCUGUCGUGAAGUCGACUGAUUGUCAGAAAGCCGAGGAGACACUGGUGAGUGUAGCCGAUGUGAAGAAACAUCUGACAUCGGACAAAUCGCCACUUCCGAACCCACAGCGCUCUCUCUCGGUGCAGACCGAGCAUGAGACUUCCUCCGAGCCGGCUUUCACUCCAACUGAUAGGAUCGAGGCUCGUCUUCCUGCCACCAUCGGCCACGACUCGGACAAUCCCGCGCCCGUGAUGGUUGCCACAAGCCAAGCACUUGCAUCUGGGAACGUUGCAGAGACAGAGUUGCAGGUCCCAGCGUCUCCUCCACCCACUGCUGCUCCAGUCGUUGAAUCAAAAUCUGAUGCAGCUGACGAUGUGCCUCGGGAGGAGCUUUUUCGUGAAGCACAAAAGACGAAGAAUGAGACGGCAACCAAGGCCGCCGUUGGACCUGGCGUGAGCUCCACGACAACAGACGAGGCAAAGACCUCGACGCCGAUCAAGCAGGACGAUACGAUGAUUGACGAUAGCUUUCAUACUGCGAGCGGCUCACCAGAUACCAUCAAGCCCAACCGCGAGGCCAAGGUCGAUGCAGUGUUGAACUCAACUGCGUCGGGGACUGUUUACGUGGAGGACUUCUCCGCUUCUCCGGUUGAGCACGAGGAGAAGCAUCAAGCGGGUGCUGACAUUGGCAAUGUGCCUGCUCCGCCUACCCCAGUUUCCUCGUCGGACGGCAGUGAGAAGUCUCGUACGCCGCAGCCACCAGCCAUUUCAACGAACUUUCCCCCGAAGGCAGACACGUUGGAAGUGCCUCAACAUGUGUCGCCAGGAGCCGGUAGCGCUGUGCCUACGCCGCAUACAGCAUACUUCACGGCGCCCAACACUCCAGCAGUGGUCCAGGAGUCACCCAGAGAGGACAAAGGGAAGGCAAAGCUUAUACCCCUCAACAAGGUGAACAAAUUGGAGCCUCCUCGCGCCGAAUCUGCAGCUCCAGCCUCGAAGAACAAGGAGAACGUUGCGCCGUCCACAUCCGCGCAGAAGAAGCCGGAGAAGCUUGAGAAGCCAAAGGGUCCCGCGCAGACCGAAUCGCUCAGUCUCUUUGGCAAGAAGCGGGAGAAGGAGAAGAAGCCGAAAGCCGGCAAGCAGGCCACUUUGAAGGGCAAGCCGAAAGGGUUCGAUACGAAUGGCACGGUGGAUGGCGGAACUGGGAAUGCCAAUUGUACUGCGAGUAUCACUGCACAGCCCAAGGCGACUGAGGCGACUAGCACGAAAGGCGGGGAGGAGAUGUCACGCACCGAUUCCAAGAUGUCAAACACUCUCAAGAAGAGGAACAAGAAGAAAAAGGAGACGGAACUGGCGCAAGACACCGGAAAAGCAACGCUUGAAGAGCUUGCUGCGCGCCACGAGCCAUCGCAGGGUCAGGCUUCGCCGACGAAGCGCAGAGGGAUCACCGAGAGGAUCUCAGAGUUCUUUCGUGGAGGGUCAAGAUCGCGCUCAAGAGAUCGAGCAGAAGGUUAACUCCGCCGGUCUUGAACGAUGAAGCUCAUAGCGACGAGGCCAAGCCCCAACCUGUGGACGAAAUUCAGUCGGCCAAGCAAGAAAUUGAAGACGUGGAGACUAUCGGAUUAGGCAUUGUCAGAUCCGAGACUUCCUCUACGUCAACGUCGGGAAAGGAGAGCAAGUCGUUGACGAAAGCACAGAAGAAGAGCCUGAAGCGGAGGUUCGCCAGGCUGAGUGAUAAUCAAAGCAGCGUCUUGACGGCCUCCU